AUGAAGUUUGGUCGCGGUCCCGUAAAAAGUCCCGCAGGACCGGGACUGGAAUGGCCCCGCAGGCCUCUAGAAGUAGAACAAGUUUUGAGUAUCAGCACUUAUACUACUCGAGCUGCUCUUUCAUAUGGUAUAUUAAACAUCGAUGUUAACUAUAUGAAUGUAGAGAAAAACAAGGUCAAAGUCAGAGGUGCAACCGGUAUGGUACGAAUUAUAACGCCGACCGGUACACCGGCAUUGGUAUGA